AUGUCAGACUUGGGAUACAAGCUAAAGAUGGGAGAAGGUGAGCCUAUAGAUGAAACAUUGUUCAAAAUCCUGGUGGGAAGCUUGAUGUACAUCACCAUAACCAGGCCUGAUAUCCAGUUCAUAGUAAGCUACAUUAGCAGAUUUAUGUCUAAGCCGACUGAUAUUCACUUUGCUACUGCAAAAAGGGUUCUGAGGUAUCUACAAGGGACUCUAGAUCAUGGUGUAUGCAAUAUACCACUAUCUGAGCAUUUCAGGAAAAUAUUUGAAUGGUACCAUGAGCUAGGCCAACAUACUUUUGGUGGAAAACUUAUUGUUUUCCUUUGCCUUUAUGAUAAAAUUCCUGGUGAUUAUGAACCUCCAAAGAUGUUUGGAAGAACAGCUAAUCUAUCAAACAAUCAGAUAAUCAACUACAGAUGUAAUCCAUUUGAGAAAUGGUUGGUGUUAAUUGGAAUUUCCCCUAGCUCACCAGAGACAAUAAGCUAUAUGGCAGAGCAUGUGGUUGGCCAAGAUUCAUUUGAAAUUAUGUUUCAGAAAGAGAUACAAGAAAUGGCCAGCAUAUCUAAGAGAUGGACGACACUAAGUGGAGAAGACAAUUGGUCAGGCCUAUUAGAUCCUCUUGACAUCGAUCUAAGGCGAUAUAUUAUCCACUAUGGCGAGAUGGCUCAGGCAGCAAGAGACGCUUUCAAUACAGAGAAGACAUCAAAGAACGCCGGAAACAGCCUAUACAAUCGUAGUAAUCUCCUCACAAAAGUUGGCAUCGAGCAAGGAAACCCUUUCAAGUAUGAAGUGACAAAAUAUUUCUACGGCACAUCCUCAGCCCCUCUUCCGUCUUUCCUUGUAAAGUCAUUGUCAAGAGAGGCCUGGAGCAAGGAAUCGAACUGGAUAGGGUACGUAGCAGUGGCUACAGAUGAAGGGAAGGUGGCAUUAGGGAGGAGAGAUAUUGUUAUUUCAUGGAGAGGCACAGUUCAAAACAUGGAAUGGAUUAAUGAUCUAAAAUUUCCGUCGGUUUCAGCUCCGGAAAUAUUUAGAGAACAUCAUCAUGUAAAAGUUCAACAUGGGUGGCAUUCAAUCUACACCACUGGUGAUCCUGCAUCUCGUUUCAACAAAGCAAGUGCUAGAGACCAAGUUCUUGAAGAGGUGAGGCGAUUAGUUGAUUUAUACAAGAACGAGGAAAUAAGUUUGACAGUAGUCGGGCAUAGCAUGGGUGGAGCACUUGCGACGCUCAAUGCAGUUGAUAUCGUCUCAAAUGGAUUCAACAAGACUACAAUGGGCAUGUCUGGCAAGACGUUUCCUGUGACAGCUUUUGUUUUUGGUAGCCCUCGUGUGGGAAACUCGGACUUUCAAAAGUUUUUCUCUUUACAUAAGGACAUCCAUAUCCUACGCGUUCAUAAUGCACACGAUGUGGUUCCACACUACCCAUUGAAGAUAGGUUACUUGCACAUCGGUGAAGAGUUGGUGAUUGAUACGAGUAAGUCCGCAUACUUGAAGAGUCCUGGAGACAUACACAGGUGGCAUGACAUGGAGAGUUACUUACAUGGAGUCGCGGGUGCACAAGGUAGGGAGGGAGGUUUCAAGCUAGAGGUUAGACGGGAUAUUGCUCUAGUAAACAAGUAUUCGGAUAGUUUGUUGGACGAAUAUCAUGUGCCUCCUAUGUGGUGGGUUAAGAAGAACAAGGGCAUGGUUCGACAAGCAGAUGGAUCGUGGUUGUUGAUGGAUCACGAGGAUGAUGAUGUUUGUAUCUCUUAA